AUGAGAUUGCUAGACGUUAGGAAAGUGGCGUUUCGAUGGUUUUCAACGUAAGAAUUUUUUCUCCUUAACAAAGUUCAGUUUUUGUUUUCAGAAAAUCAGUGAACAUCGAUCUACCACAAACACUAAAACUUGAAACUGGUCAUCUCGCAAGAUUUGCAUCAGCCACAGUAGUUGCAUCAACUGGAGAUAAUGCAAUUAUGUCAACUUUAGUUCAACGAAAAGCAAAUAAAGGUCAAGGAAAUGGCGUUCCUUUACAAGUUGAAUAUCGUCCAAGUGCCGCUGCAGUUGGUAGAAUUCCAACAAACUUUUUGAGAAGAGAAUUAAGUCAAUCGGAUAAUGAAAUUCUAUUAUCAAGAGCUAUUGAUAGAUCUUUAAGACCACUAAUACCUCAAAAUUCGUAUGAAACACAAAUUAUUUGCAAACCUUUGGCAUUGGAUGAAGAAAGUGAUCAACUUAUGUUAGGAAUUAAUGCAGCUUCGACAGCUUUACAUAUUUCAUCAGCUCCAUUUGAUGGGCCAAUGGCUGCUUUGAGAGUUGUUAUGGAUAAAUCGGGAAAAGUUUGUUUUUUGUAAUUUUUUUCGGAAUCUUUUCUAUUUUUCAAAUUUCAGAUUCACAUAAAUCCAUCAAAUGAAAAAGCCCGAAAUCGUUUAUUAAAUAUGAUUGUAUCAAUGAAAAGAAGUGAUAAAACAGUUAUGAUCGAACUUGAUGCCGAAGAAAUUAGCACUGAAAAAAUCGAGGAAGCUCUCGAUGUUGCUUUCCGUGAAGUUCAAAGAGUUCUCGAUGCGAUGGAUGAUUUGAAAAUUCAAGUUGGAAAUAAGAAAGAUAUUUUGGAAGAUAUUGAACUCUCGAAAAUUGAUAGUAUUUUGGAAACAUUGGCAAGAGAAAGAAUUUAUUAUGUUAUGACGGAUUCGACGCAUGAUAAAAUAUCGAGAGAUGAAGAAAUUAAGAAUAUUUUCAAUGAUAUUAAAAGUUCCAAUGUUUUGGAGCAAUUUAAUCCAUUGAAUGUCUCUAUAAGUUUUUCAAAUAUGGUCAAAGAUGUAUUAAGAAAACUAGUUCUUCAACAAGAAGUUCGAUGCGAUGGUCGAAAACCGACUGAAUUCCGGCCAAUCACAAUAAAUAUAGAUAUGUAUAAAAAAUUGCAUGGUUGUUCAAUGUUUCAAAGAGGACAGACACAAGUGCUAUCAACAGUUACAUUUGAUAGUCCAACUGCUGCUUUUCAUCCAGAUUCGGUUGCUCAAUUAUUAGGAUCACAGAGAAGGAAAUCAUUUAUGUUGCAUUAUGAAUUUCCGGGAUUUGCUACCAAUGAGAUUUCGGUGAGUUUUUGGGGGAACAUUGAAGCGGACUUUGUUUUUCGGAUUCGAAAAUGUUUUGAAACGUGGUCCAAUUCAGAAGGGAACCUUAGUUUACGAAAAUUCGCAUUUUUGAGAUGUUUGAACUUGCUUAAAAUGAAUUUUUGAUCAAAAUCAGAAGUUGUUCUGCAGAAAUUGGAGAGAUUUUUCACCGAAGAAAAAUGUCUUCCAAAUUUUCUAGUGAGUUGAUUUUUUACUGAAAACGGCACGCUAAAAAUUUCCUAAAUCUAUUUUUCUUGCCGAAAACGCUGAAAUUACUUAAAAUGAGCAAUUCCAGCGUUUUCGGCAAGGAAAAUUGAUCCAGAAACUUUUUCGGGGCUGAUUCUGCAUCUAGGUAUUUGAAUCGCCUUUGAAAUUCUCGUAAUUUUGACUCUGAAAAGGCUGGAAUUGCUAAUUUCAAGCAAUUUCAGCUGAAAAAGUGAUUUGCCACGUCAUUCAUUGAAAAACUGGUGAAAUUAUCCCUUUUUCAUAGUUUUUUUUUCGAGCUUGACUCGAUUCCAACCCCCCUUUAUUUUUUCCAGACUUCUCGAUCAAUUGGUCGCCGUGAAAUUGGCCACGGCGCGCUCGCUGAAAAAGGCCUCAAAAGUCUCUUCCCCAAUGAUUUUCCCUACGCAGUUCGCCUCGCUUGUCAAGUUCUCGAAUCCAACGGAUCUUCCUCAAUGGCAUCGAUUUGUGGUGGAAGUUUAGCGUUGUUUGAUGCCGGAGUUCCGAUGAAAAAUGCGGCUGCUGGAGUUGCUAUUGGUAUUAUCACUGAUAAAGAUCGGCAAUCAGAGAACUACAAAAUCCUGACUGAUAUUCUUGGAAUCGAGGAUUAUGCCGGUGAUAUGGAUUUCAAAAUUGCUGGAACAAAAGAUGGAUUCACUGCCGCACAAAUGGAUGUGAAAAUUGAUGGAUUAACAAGGAAGCAGCUGAAAGAAAGCUUGGAGGCUGGAAAAAAUGGGAUAAAUCAUGUAUUAGGGAAGAUGAAUAUUAUGAGAGAUCGACCAAGGUUGGGGUUUUUGUUUCUGAAAAAAAUCAAGUAUUUUUUUUUGCAGAGAGCAAUUCAAGGAAAGUGUCCCGAUUAUUGAAUCAAUGCGAAUUGAACCACAUAAAAGAGUGAUUCUUUUCAGAAAUAAUGGAUUGAAUUGUAAAAUGAUUGAAGCUGAGACUGGUGUCAAGGUAGGUCUUCCAAAAGUUCCCGGAAAUUCAUGACAAAUUUAUUUUUCCCAGAUUAUGGCUGAAGAUGAGACAAGUAUAUCACUAUUAGCACAAAAUCGAGAAAAACUUGACAAAGCAAAGGAAAUUAUGAAAGUGUUAGUUUAUCCAGAAUCUCUCUCGUCAGAAUAAUCUUAAUACCCAGAUUUUUUUUCCAGAACCCUUGAGCAAAAUGAGACACUGGAUUUCCAAUUUGGAAGUAUUGUUCAAGCGGAUGUUGCGGAAAUUUUGGAAAGAGGAAUUUAUGUGACGUUGCCUGGAUCUAGUCGCAAAAUUUUUAUGGGGAAUCAACAUUUGAGUGUGACGCCGAUUCGAGAUGCGGCUGUUCUUGGAUUACAGGUUGGAAAGAGGGUUUUCGGAGAGAUGAGAAGCUUGGCUGAUUAAGUCUGAGCCUUAAAUGUUUAAAUCUUAGCUCAUUGAUCUAGAAUUCUUAAUCUUAGCUACUUCUGAAGAUAACUUUGGAAUUUAUUUUUCGAAAUGGACUUAAUGUGGUAUCAAAAAAUUAUUAGAGAAUUUUAACAAUAUCAAAUUUUUGAAACGUAUUUUUUAGGGGCCAGAAAAUUUAUGGUUUUUUAUUGUCAAAUUUUUACGCUGCAAAUUUUUUGAAAAAUAUCGAUGAAACCUUAAAUUCUGAACCUUAACUGAUUAUAUUUAGAAUUCUGAACUUUAGCUACUUCUGAUCGAGUUGAAAGGGCCUAUCAAAAAAUUAUCAGAAAAUCCUAACAAUAUCAAAUUUUUGAAACGUAUUUUUUGGGGCUCACAAAAUUCAUUGUGUUUUAAUUGUCAAAUUUUCCCUUGGUUUAUUUUUUGAAAAAAUAUUGAUUAAGCCUAAAAUUCUUAACCUUAACUGAUUAUAUUCAGAAUUCUGAACUUUAGCUACUUCUGAUCGAGUUGAAAGGGCCUAUCAAAAAAUUAUCAGAAAAUCCUAACAAUAUCAAAUUUUUGAAACGUAUUUUUCGGGGCUCACAAAAUGUAAUGUUUUUUUAUUGUCAAAUUUUUCCUUGGUUUAUUUUUUGAAAAAAUUUGAUGAAACCUCAAAUUCUUAAUCUUAGCUACUUCUGAAGAUAACUUUGGAAUUUAUUUUUCGAAAAAUUUUGGGAUCAAAAAAUUAUCAGAAAAAUUCUACAAAAUCAAAUUUUUGAAACGUAUUUUUUGGGGCUCACAAAAUUUUUUAUUCUCAAGUUUUCACUUGACAAAUUAUUUGAAAAAUAUCGAUGAAACCUUAAAUUUUGAACCUUACAUUAUUAAGCCUAAAAUUCUUAGCCUUAGCUACUUCUGUAGAUAACUUUGGAAUUUAUUUUUCGAAAUGGAAUUAAUGUGGUAUCAAAAAAUUUUCAGAAAAUCCUAACAAUAUCAAAUUUUUGAAACGUAUUUUUUGAAGGGACAAAAAUUUAUGUUUUUUUAAUUGUCAAAUUUUCCCUUGGUUAAUUUUUUGAAAAAAAUUUGAUUAAGCCUAAAAUUCUUAAUCUUAGCUACUUCUGAAGAUCACUUUGGAAUUUAUUUUUUGAAAUGGAAUUAAUGUGGUAUCAAAAAAUUAUCAGAAAAAUUCUACAAAAUCAAAUUUUUGAAACGUAUUUUUUGGGGCUCACAAAAUGUAAUGUUUUUUAUUGUCAAAUUUUUCCUUGGUUUAUUUUUUGAAAAAUAUCGAUGAAACCUGAAAUUCUUAACCUCAGAUACUUCUGAAGAUAACUUUGGAAUUUAUUUCUGGAUAUGCAAUUAAUGCGGGAUCAAAAAAUUAUUAGAAAAUCCUAACAAUAUCAAAUUUUUGAAACGUUUUUUUUGGGGCUCACAAAAUGUAUGUUUUUUUUUAAUUGUCAAAUUUUCCCUUGGUUUAUUUUUUGAAAAAAUAUUGAUUAAGCCUAAAAUUCUUAACCUCAGAUACUUCUUAAGAUAACUUUGGAAUUUAUUUUUGGAUAUGCAAUUAAUGCCGGAUCAAAAAAUUAUCAGAAAAUCCUAACAAUAUCAAAUUUUUGAAACGUAUUUUUUCGAGGGCCAAAAAAUUUAUGUUUUUUUUACUGUGAGAGUUUCCCAUGGCUAUUUUUUUUUGGAAAAAACGCGAUCCUUAGUCACCUUAUAAAUCAUUUCUCCAGGUCGGUGAAAAAAUCACAGUUCACUGGUUUGGCCGCGAUAAACAAACUGGAAACAUCCGAUUGUCUCGAAAAGCAUUGGCUGGAGCAGCUGCACGAGUUGUCAGAUAA